GUCGCCGAGCCAGAGGCAACAUCCGAAUCGCCGACAGAGUAACUCUAUUCACUGUACCAUAUACUUUAGAUACCCUAUUGAACACUGUGUAAAAUAGCCCUUUGUUUUGUAGAGACGGUCAUAUCGAGUUUUUUUUGCUUUGAAUAUCCCCUUGACGUCACCUUCCCCCUCGAUGUCUCUAUUACAAAAGGCCAUCUACUUUGGUCCUUUCCUCGUCACUCCACAAGUCUUCCAUCUAACACCCCUGACAUUCGCCCUGGUGAACCUGAAACCCAUCCUACCGGGCCAUGUCCUCGUGUCGCCGGUGCGCGUCGUCCCCCGCGUAUCAGACCUCACCCCCGCCGAAGCCACCGAUCUGUUCCUGACUGUCCAACGCGUCGGGAAAAUGGUGGAGCGCGUGUACGGCGCGACGAGUCUGAAUAUUGCGAUCCAGGAUGGGAGCGAGGCAGGCCAGAGCGUGCCGCAUGUGCAUGCGCAUAUUAUUCCGCGACGGAAACAGGAUCUGGAUUCCAGGGGGGGGAUGGAUGCUGUGUACGAACUGAUGGAUGGGGAGGAGGGGGAUAUCGGACAUUUCCAGCGGGAGAAGGAGGCACAAGGUGGUCUACGGAGUCGGACGAAUUUCCCGGCUGUCGACAAUGAAGCGAGGAGACCGAGGAGCGAUGAGGAGAUGAGGGCUGAGGCGGAGAUGUUGGCCAGGGAGAUGCAGAUGAUUUGAAAGCUGUAUAAUAAUAAUUACUACGGAGAAGGCAUUCU